GCGUUGGCAGCGAUGCUCAGUGAGCCCAGUCUUUCUCGAGAUCGAGCUAAACUAGGAAGGGUAUUAAGGUGAUAGGUCUGAGUUCUGUCUGGGGUGGAGGGGCGGUGAGCGGGAGAGUUCCCGGGCAGACACCUGAGUCUUGGUUUUGAGAAGGAGCCGAACUAGGCUUGAACUUGAGAAUUGGGAGGUACGAGGCUCCUGGUUUCGGGGUGACAGGCGCUGGUGCAGGGACCCACAAACCCGAAGAUCAGGGACACUGCCGUAGGGAGUGGGCGGGGAAUCGGCUCCGUCUACGCUAAGGCUCCGCCCCUUUCCGUGGGGGCUUCCUCGGAUUGGCCGCCCUUCCUCAACGUCAUGUGGCCCCGCCCCGGCGCGCGCCCCGCCGCGUGCCCACCCCUGAGCUGCUGCUGCAGCCUACGCUAGCCGGCCAGAGCCUGCCGCGGGCGGAGCCGGGUCCUGAGCCGUGCGGGGCUCGACGUGGGGCACCUGGACCGCGGCAGCGGGCAGGCGAUGCUCCAGAGACCUGAGCAGUCAUGGAGGCCGAGGCAGGAGGCCUGGAGGAGCUGACGGAUGAGGAGAUGGCGGCGCUGGGCAAGGAGGAGCUGGUGCGGCGCCUGCGGCGGGAGGAGGCGGCGCGCCUGGCGGCUCUGGUGCAGCGCGGCCGCCUCAUGCAGGAGGUGAAUCGACAGCUGCAGGGUCACCUAGGCGAAAUCCGCGAGCUCAAGCAGCUUAACCGGCGCCUGCAGGCCGAGAAUCGGGAGCUGCGCGACCUCUGCUGCUUCCUGGACUCGGAGCGCCAGCGCGGGCGGCGCGCUGCGCGCCAGUGGCAGCUCUUCGGGACCCAGGCAUCCCGGGCUGUGCGUGAGGACCUGGGCGGUUGUUGGCAGAAGCUGGCCGAGCUGGAGGGCCGCCAGGAAGAGCUGCUACGGGAGAACCUAGCGCUUAAAGAGCUCUGCCUGGCGCUGGAUGACUGAGGGCGCAGCUUCCUUCGCGCCGACGCCCGCCCGGAUGUCCCCCCAAGCGCCGCGGUUGCGGUGUACCUCGGGACCUGGAAGCUGCCCGGCUGCGCACGAGGGGCCGCUGGCAUGGACUUAGACACCCUGGCAAUGAGGAGGGCCCCUUGCUUUCGCUGGCGGGGCAAGAGGGGACUGGAAGCUGGAGCAGAGGGACUGGCAAGGGGCUGGGUGGCGGCUAAUAAAUUGGGACGGAAGCAGA